AUUCUCAUACUGAAAAUUUUGUAUUGAGCAGAAUUUUUAAUGUAGAAGUGCAUUUUACCUUCGCAAAGCUCCAUGAUUAACCACAGCUCAUCCUGUGUCCCCAUAGCACGUCCGGGAACAGCUAUAUUGAGCUUAAUGCCAUGAUAUUUCACUAAAUUUAUAUGGUGUUUAUUGCCUAUAUGGUGGAAUUCAGCGACGGUGUCAUUAAUCACCUUCCAGUCGUCCGCAGGCAAAAGUUUAGCCGCAUACUGUUCCCCGGUGACGGGAUUCUCUGCUUCCGGCUGGCUGGUGGAAUUUAGCUCCACCAGGCCAGCCAUGCUUUUUCCCUCUUUACAUCUUCUGUAGAAACUUUUAUGGCUUGGUAUUUGUAUAGAAAUUUUCAGUUUUAAGUAAGGAAUCUUCUGAUAUAUAGUUUCUACAGAGUUAAGUCGAAAUUCGAAAAUGGCUAAGAAAAAACGUUCCAAGCUCUCCAGCGUCACGUAUCAGCACCUUAAUAUUCAGGGUUUCUCGGAUUCUAAGUUUGAUCUCAUCGAAAAUCUCCUGGAAUCUGACGAUAAUUGUUCUAAAAUAUUUUGUAUCUCUGAAACUCAUCUCAAUUCUGCUAAACCUGAUGAUCUGUAUCGGAUUCGCAAUUAUGCUUUGUAUCGAAAGGACCGCAGUAAAGCUUGGGGUAAAGCAAAGGGUGGAGGCCUCCUAGUUUAUGUACCUUCGCAUAUCCCAUCUGAAGAAGUUUCGCGCUCGGAGACAAACACCCAUUGCGAAACCCUGUGGCUAAAACUGCGGUUCGGGAUACGUAAGGUACUUUUGGGACUGUUAUACAGGUCGCCUGAUUCUAACGCCUUUGAUACAGAGUUUUUGUUUAAUCACGUGGACGAAGUUUUAACGAAGCACUCGGAUUGUGAUUUUGUGAUUUCUGGGGAUAUCAAUAUUGAUAUUUCUAAUGCUUUUUCGCCUUACUAUCGUCAUAUUCAUCGCUUAAUGGAUAACUUUGAUCUCGUGGAUAAAGUCGUGGGGCCCACCCGUGUGGCUCACCGUUCAACGAAAAGUGGCCUAGUUUCAUGUAGCGCGACGAAGAUUGAUAUUAUGUUGUGUUCCCCUGCAAGUGACUAUUCCGCUUGCCCAGCCGAGGACGUGUAUUACUCAGAUCAUCGUUUGUGUUUUGCGAAAGCUAACUAUAAAGCUGCCGUUCCUACCCACGAGACCGUUUGUUUUCGCUUGUGGAGCCAUACGCCAGAAGAAAAAUUUCUGCAGUUAGUUUCGCAGGUGGCGGAAAAGUACGCAGUUAUCGAUAGUGAAGACGUGAGCUCCGUUAUCGGCAGUUUCGUUGCGGACCUAACCCAAGUUGUGGAUGAAUGUUUCCCAAAGAGAUCUCGGAGGGUCCGGCGCACAGAACCCCCCUGGAUGAACUCGGAAGUGAAAACCUUAAUCAAAAACAAAGACGACGCCUACCGCCGUAAGUGUCAGUCACGUGGAACUCCCUAAUUUUCGACGUUUGCUGAACAGUACUAAUUGCUAAAGAAUGCCGUACGUAAAUCUAUUGCCGAGUCCAAACGAAAAUAUUUUGAUGAAAACAAACGCCAAGGGAAAAAAGUGUGGCAGGAGUUAAACAGACUUCUUCGGAAGUCUAAAAAACACACUGCGGAACCACUAGACCCUGAGUCUCAAAACAGACACUUCGUUACACAAGGCCUGCACGGAAACGACCAUACUGCCCCUACGACGCCACCUGUGGGCGGUUGUGCUGAUGAAGUCUUCUCCAGUUUCGAACCUGUGUCGUGUGAUGUUAUCUUAUCCAUUCUACGCCAGAUUGCUGUUAAAAAGAAAAGUACCGGACCAAACGGGUUGCCCAACCGAAUGAUACCAUUGAUGGUACCACUGAUUUCCGAACCACUGACAAAAAUGGUUAACCUGUCGCUGGCGCGUUUGACUCGACAAUACAGUACGUAAAGUGACGGCUUGACUCGUACUUUCUAUUAUUCGCUGUACUUUCUCGAUCUUUCUCUUUUGUGUUCGGAUUUACUUUUGGUUGUUUCUACACGGAUGCGCCGUGUCUAUAUAAGUCCGUGAGUGGCAGUAUUUUACAUGAUCAGUUCUCUCAUUACGAGUUUUGGCAGUUUCGGAGUUUCUAAUUAAAUAUC